AAAGAGAAAGUAAAACUAGUAGUAGUAAUAGUAUCCUGUGGAAGUGGAUUCCACCAGCAACUACACAUACAAUAAGAAUAAGAAAGAGAAAUUAUCUAGUAAUAGUAUCCUGGAUCAUUCCACCAGCACCAUAACAAUAGAAUGACUGACGCACGUGUCAUCAACCGAGAUGAAUUCGUGCAUGCGAAUUGCGCACAGUUUGAACAAGUCCCACCAGGCGUCUUCGAAUCGCAAAUGGCUCCCAGUGUGAUAUCUGCGGUUUCCGAAGUGAUAGGUACUACAACUACAGCAUCAGUAGGGGGAUGUUGAUAAGAACAUCAAGAGAAUUUCAGCUUGUUCAGGGAUCCGAGAAAUUCGAACUACACGAAGAACUCGAAGGAGAUUGAAAAGACUCCCGAUUCAACAUCAUCUUCGUUAUCAGGCACCCUUGGUGGCGAGAUUCCGACUCAGUCGGAAUCUCGCCACCAAGGGUGCCUGAUAACGAACCAUCCAACUCCACCAAGGAUAAUUGUUCUUGGCCCCACUUUGAAUCAUGAUGCAUUUAUUUAUAAUUCUUUUUUUUAAUAUGUCGAUCAUAACGUAAAGGAGUCUUCAACUACAUGAUUCUUCUGCUCUCUAAGUGAAAGAACGCGAGCAAAGCCUGGAUAAGGUGAUUCAACAUCAUCUUCGUUAUCAGGCACCCUUGGUGGCGAGAUUCCGACUGGUCCAGAUGGCAUAGCGGGAAUACCGGACCCUCUGAAAAAAGUCCAGGCCUUGAAUGCCUUUCUAUUUAAUCUCCUCUCGGAUGGAAAGCCGGUUCUUUCAGAAGACGAGUACGAAGAGAAGCGGUUGCGUUUAUGAAGAUAAGGUGGGUACUAUAUUAGGAGAAGCACGACUUCUUGUUAUGGGUAGUACUUGUAAUGUGGCUUCAUCUAUAGAGGAACUGCUUCAAUGAAGCAAGUACUCGUAGAAGUAGAAGAGCAGGUGUUGAUGAUGUACUUACUACUGCUAGUAGAAGAUGAAGGUGGUGGACCUACUACUUCUUUCUGAUAUAUUCCGAUCAUCAAGGGAAUAAAUAAUGAAGUUGAGACAACUACAUGCAGUUUGAGUCGUUUGACUUCCCAAACGUGUUUGACAUAGUAGUCUAUGGUGCUGGCACUGAUUGAGAACGAAGGAGUCGUGGGAAUGUUGACUGGGGCCUCUUUCGAGGCUCUUCGCCUUAGGAAGGGUAAGGGUCGGCAUUCCCUUGCAGCUUCCAUUGGCUUAAUCAGUGGUGUCAUUCUUAAGGGUUUCUAAAUUACAUCCCCCACUACCGUCCUUGACCUAUUCUCAAGUAGAAAAAAGGCCAAGGAUGUUCUGAGGAAUGUAAUUACGCAACCUCUAAAAUUCACUUAAUCGAGCUCCACCUCUAGUGCUAGUAUCUCCUGUCCCUACUUAUUUCGUACCUCCUUGAGCUGCGCAAAAAUAUGCGUUUCUUCCCUAGUACCUCCUACUUUCGCUAGUACAACUCAACAGAGUACUAGCGCACUACCUCUAAUAUCCUUCCCUUCCCUACCCCCAUUCGGCGAACUGUAUGAAGCAGCCAAAAGCAAGUUGGAUUUGCCCAGUGAUGAAGAGGCUGCGGAGUCCAAAAAAAUGGGCGACGGUCCACGCCUUUUUAUAAAGGUGGACGAAUUUGUGCAUGCGAAUUGUGCGCCGUUCAAGCAAGUUCCUCCCGAAGUCUUCGAGUCGCAAAUUGCUCCUAGCGUAAUCGGUUCCAUUAGCGAAGUGAUCGCUACGCUUGGCGGCGAAAUCCCUACCGGAC